AUGUUUGCAGUGUUGCUAUUAUCCGAAGCCCAUGAACGUAGAAAUAGAAUGCGCAUUCAACGUUGUAAUCUUCGUGGUACGACAAACCCGUUUGAAAUGCCUGAAGAACGGUUUAGGGAACUCUUUAGGCUCACUCGUGAUGCAGCACAGAUUCUUUUAAUAGAAAUGAGUCCUCACAUGCAUCAAGGACAAAGAAAACCUUUCAUCCCGAUACCCAUCCGUCUUUGUGCCGCCUUGCACUUCUACGCAUCGGGAUCCUACCAACGAGACAUCGGCCAAGAUUUUUCGGCAGCCAUGAGCCGAACUAUGAUAUCACGAAUUGUUGCUGAAGUUUCGCUUAUUUUGCAGAAUAAAUUUUCAGGAAAAUGGAUUAAAUUUCCUAGAGAAGAGGAAUAUGAUUCCAUAAAACAAAGAUUUUUUGAGGCGACGGGUUUUCCUGGGGUGAUUGGAGCAAUUGACUGCACACACGUCAAGAUUCAAAAACCCAAUAUGGAAGUGGAGGCUUGUUACCUCAAUCGAAAAGGGUACCAUUCAAAGAAUGUGCAACUGAUUUGUGACUUCAAUCUCCAAAUACUAGGGGUCUACGCACGAUUUGGAAUUGCAUCACUUGAUUCCUUUAUAUGGGAAGCAUCCUCGAUAAAAACCUUACUUGAACAGCGGUGUGAAGUUAAUGGAGUUGCAGAACAGAGCUCUUGGUUGUUAGGUGACUUUGGCUAUCCCUUGCGUCCCUGGCUUAUGACUCCUUAUCGCUCUUCUACAGAUGCUAACGAAAGAGCAUUUAAUACAAUCCACGCAAAAACAAGAAAUUCCAAGGCAACCAUUGACACUGAUAGUGCAAUUUCCAUUGGUAUAAGAACUCCUUCCAGUUCCUCAUUGGAAACAACCCUUACUCGCUAUACCAAUCCCUUCAUCUAA